UACUACGGGUUAAUUCUACCAAUAUGUGUUCUGCUCAUUUAUCUGGCCUAAGCUAGUAACUACGCAUUUGCUAUCUUCCCCCGUUGCAUCAUCAUUAUCUGCUAAAUUUCUUUAGUCAGAAUUUAUGAUGAUGACUUGACUUUCAAAAUAUUAAAACCCUGAGGAGGCAUCCAAUGCGUCCAGCGUCACUAUCAAAUAUAUAUUGGGUUUUCUACCCAACCACACCUUUUUCCUCGUUUUGGGCCAGUCUUUUUAUGAUAUAUUGUUUUUUUUUCAGAGGAAUUAGAAACCCUGAGGACUACUUCUACAUCAAAACCUUGGCGUUGGCAAUGAAAAUUAAGAGCUCUUGGCCAACAAGGGAGCUAGGACAUUAUGAAUCUGAAACUUUGUUAUCAGUAAUGAAGUUUCUGCAUGUUUUCCUCAGCAUCGUAUCAUUGUUCGGAGGCUUCAUGUAUAUCAAGCUUCACUUCAGCUCUUUGCCUUUCUUUGAAUUGGGACAUUUAUAUAUCUGCAUGCUGAUGAACCUUGUAUUCUUUUCAAGAAUCCUUACUUUAUGUCUGAAUCAAAAAUACCGAGACGUGGCCAGAGACUUUUUGACGAAAUUCCAUCUUUUCUUCUACAAAGAUCUUUCGGAGUACGCGAUGAAGACUCACAUUCGGAUGCAUUUGAUUUCACAUCGCUACACUUUAUGUUUGACAGGCCAGAUGAUCAUUGGUAUUUUACUGUUUAAUUUUGUCCCCAUGUACAACAACUAUGCGGCCGGUAAUUACGAUAGUAAUAAUAAGAACAUUAGCUAUGAACACUCAAUUUACUAUUCUUAUCCAUUUGAUGUAACAACAAAUUGGAAAGGAUAUAUUGUUGCGAAUUUAGUCAACUGGGUAGUUUCAUACUUUUGCUCAAGUUGGUUCUGCAUGUGUGAUCUUUUCCUGUCACUGAUGGUGUUUCAUACUUACGGACAUUUCAAGAUCUUACUCAACAAGCUGAAUACUUUUCCAAGACCAGCCAACAAAACAAAUAUGUUUGUUGGCAGUGCUGAUAUGAAUUACGAAAUGUUUGAUGAACACGAAUCGGAAAAGGUUUUCGAUUUAUUAUCUGAUUGCAUAAACUACCAUCGGCAUAUUGUAAAUUUCAUCGAUAGACUAUCAAACGUGUUCGGUCCGAUGCUAUUAGUGUACUACAUAUUCCAUCAGACCACUGGAUGUUUACUCCUUUUGGAAUGUUCACAAAUGACCGCAGCCGCUCUUAUUCGUUACCUACCCCUUACGAUAAUAAUAUUUCAACAACUAAUUCAACUGUCAGUCAUUUUUGAGAUUAUUGGCAGUGAGAGUGACAAGUUAAGUGACGCUGUGUAUGGUCUACCGUGGGAGUGUAUGGAUGAUAGGAACAGGAAGAUGGUGGGGUUCCUGCUGAUGAACGUGCAGGAGCCGGUGCACGUCGUCGCGCUGGGGGUCGCUAACGUUGGAGUCACUUCCAUGGCCACGAUUUUGAAAACUUCAAUGUCAUAUUUCACUUUCUUACGCAGUACGCAGUAACCUACCGAUACAUCUGAAAUUCCUGAUUUUAUUUGUUUUAAAUUACAUUAUUUUCUCUUGACUAGUGAAAUCAUUGUAAUGGUGAUCGUAUACCUACUAGGUCAUUUACUUGUAACAAAACAUCGAGUGCCACGGAAGUGCGAGUAUUUUGCCGAGUAUUCGUUUGAAUGACAGAAGAAAAUUCUUUAGUGU